AUGACAUCUGGGCGAAGGAAAGAAGACAAAGAGAAUUGGUGGUGGAAUGAAGAAGUGCAGGAUGAGACAGACAAAGAGACGAGGAAAGCCAUCAGGAAUACAAAGACAUGUGCAGCAGGGCAAAGAAGGCAGUUGCAAAGGGAAAAAAAUGCGUAUGAGAAGUUAUAUGAGAAGUUAGACACUAAGGAAAGGGAAAAAUAUCUCUUUAGACUGGCCAGACAAAGAGACAGAAAUGCGAGAGAUGUGCAGCAUGUAAAAAGGAUAAAGGAUACAGAUGGAAACAUUUUGACAGGUGAGAAGAACAUCUUGAGAAGAUGGAAGGAAUAUUUUGAGGAUCUUACGAACGUUGUAAAUACAAGAGAAAGAAGACUGGAGGACGAAGAAACUGGAAAUCAGGACGUGCAGGAGAACAGCAGAGAGGGGGUGAGGAAGGCCACGAGAAAGAUGAAAGGAGGUAAAGCUACAAGUCUAGGCAACACCUCGAUAGAAGCAUGGAGGUGCUUAGGAGAGAUGACAGUGGCGUGGCUAAUUAAACUAUUCAACUUGAUUCUGAGAGAGUUCCUAGAGAUGAAUUAUGGUACUGCAGGAGAAAGUCUGGUGUGGCAGAGAAAUACGUGA